UUUGAGCUGCCAGCAUUCCUGGCUGGCAGAGCUCCCAGCAAUGUGGCCAUGAGCCCUGGCAAGCUGGGACCGGCCCUGCACACCCCAAGUGACAUUAUAAGGCCUGGAGCCCAUCUCAGAGUCCAGGGGACGGGGAAAACAAGAAGCUGUGUGCUGUUUACUCUUCCCACAGGCUUGUGCUGGAAUGAGUUUCAGCACCUACCCAAACAGAAGCAGAAUAUGGUCAAAUUCUAAGUGGAAUUUGCCAGUGUGGGGAGUUGCCUUCUUCCUGGCCUGUGAUGGUCACGCUAGAGGAGGCACAUGUUGUGGUCCCAGGCAUUUCCUCCACUUGAAGCCUGAGUUAAAACCCAUUUUUAUAUUCUGCCUCCCAGCUUGCAACCCCUGCUCUGUGCCUAUUAGGUAUGGGGGGGGGCAUCAAGGAGGAGGCUGAACUUAUCCUAUCCCAAGAGAAAAGAGCCCCAAAAGAUGGGAUGGUUUCUUUGCUUAGCAGGCCACAGGGACCCCCACUGAUGGGUCUGUCCCCAAACGUCCUUGCCUUGCAGUUGCCUUUGCAUGUAACAGCAAAGCAGUGCUUCCAGGAGGGGUCUCUGCAGAGAGGAAUCUGCCUGGAGGGGUGGGGGUGGGGGACAGCAGGCUGCACAGCAUCUCUCCCCCCACCCUCUGACACCUGCUUCUCUCCCCAUGAGGUGGACGCCCGGAACAUCGACGGCAGCACCCCUCUCUGUGACGCCUGUGCCUCGGGCAGCAUCGAGUGUGUAAAGCUCUUGCUGUCCUACGGGGCCAAGGUCAACCCGCCUCUGUACACAGCAUCCCCCCUGCAUGAGGCCUGCAUGAGUGGGAGCUCAGAAUGUGUGAGGCUUCUUAUUGAUGUUGGGGCCAACCUGGAAGCACAUGAUUGCCACUUUGGGACCCCUCUGCAUGUGGCCUGUGCCCGGGAGCACCUGGACUGCGUCAAAGUGCUGCUCAAUGCAGGCGCCAAUGUGAAUGCGGCAAAACUCCACGAGACGGCCCUUCACCACGCGGCCAAGGUGAAGAACGUCGACCUCAUCCAGAUGCUUGUGGAGUUUGGCGGCAACAUCUACGCCCGAGACAACCGUGGGAAGAAGCCGUCAGACUACACCUGGAGCAGCAGCGCCCCCGCCAAGUGUCUCGAGUACUACGAGAAGACCCCCCUGACUCUGUCACAGCUCUGCAGGGUGAGCUUGAGGAGGGCCACUGGUGUGCGGGGACUGGAGAAGAUCGCCAAGUUAGACAUCCCGCCCCGGCUCAUCGAUUACCUCUCCUACAACUGAGCCGCCCCUGGCUGGCUGGGCAAGUGGCGGGCUGCCAAGGGCUCUGCCUAUUUAAGCAGUAAGGAGAUAGAAAGACGCUCCUUGCGGGCAGCUGUCCUGUUUGGGAUUAUCUCCUGCGUCUCAGGACUCGGUGUGGACGUCACUCUGUGCUGCUCUCUCUUCGGCAUGAGCCUGGCCACCCAGUUGUCCUCUUUUCAUGGACUGUCCUCAAAAGCAUUCUCAGGACAGGUGGCUCAAGGAGCAUGGAGGAAGCUGGCCGGACUGGGCUCUCAGGGCAGCUGCGCAGAGGCACCCAUCCCAGGUGCAGCCACCACCUCUGAGUCAGCACCAGGGCUGUCCUCAGUGCUCCUGGGAAUGGCUGGGCCACAGAAGGCCAGAUCCUGACCAUGUAGCCUGGACAGCAGCUGUGCUAUCAUCCUGCUGCUCGGACACGCUUUUGGAGCAGUGGUCGGCACAGUGCCCCCUGGCCCACACAUUUCCAUCACUCAGGGUCUUUACACGGGUGCCGUGGAGGAGGCUUAGCUUUUUAUUCCCCGAGCUAGCACAGUGUUUCUUAGGAAGUUUGUCUUCAGUGUUAGGCCUCAGACUCUUUUAAAAAGUUUGUGCAGGAUAAAAACCUUUUAGAGGUUGCAGGGGCCGUCCCGCUAUCAAUGAGCCAUUCAAACAAACAGCCCCAUGAAGGUGUGAAGGUGCGUCCCAUUGCAUGUUCAUGGGAAAGGCUAUUCUCAGACUCUUUGGGGUUGAUUUCCGUCCAUUCCUAGAGUUGCCAGGUGAAUUCUUCACUCACCCUAGAUUUUUUAGCCCUUUGAAGCUGUCAGGUUGGUCAGGCUGCCUGCGCCCUCGGGUACCAGCACAGCUUACUCAUCCAUCUCUCAGGGGCCAGGCAUCGUUCCAGCUCUUUGAACUGACAUGAGUCUCCUCAGCCAAGGCUGGAAAAGAACCUGUUUCACAAUCCUGUCCUAUAAUAAUAUAAAAAGCCAGUUUGCAUUCUUAGCCUCAAGGUGAAAUAUAAAGUAGUAUAUUAAGACUGCGUUUGCUUCCUGAGACUCUGUGCUUUCAUUAAGAGCAAAAACUGCCUGCCUACAAAAGACAGUGAAACUAGACGAAUUUUAUUUCAUUAAUGGGGUAUGUUUGGUUUCUGGGGCAAUGGAGGAAGGAUGCCUGUGGACGCCCACCUGGGGUGGUCUGUCCUUUUGGAGGACAGCGUGCCCAGAGAGGGAACACGGAGACUCGAGGGAUGCCCAGGCCUGCCUGAGCCUCCUUGCUGCAGAGUGUGUGGGGCAGCGGGAGCCUGAGCUAGCCGGGGCUUCCACUGUGCGGCACAGCCAAACCCCUGUCUGCAUGGUCACUUCCUAGGGGGUUUGGGGCCUGGGCCUGGUGAGGAAUGCCACACCGGCCACCACAGGCGUUUCCUUCUCCACUGCUUCCCCUAAGGCUGAGAAGAAGAGCCACUCCCAUUCAGUUACAUAGCUGCAACUUAGAUAUAAUGUCUUAGAUAUAGGGCAGCACGUGUGGCUCAAAGGAGUAGGGCCCCAUAUGCCAGAGGUGGUGGGUUCAAACCCAGCCCCAGCCAAAAACUGCAAAAAAAAAAAAAAAUUUCUUAGAUAUAAUUUCUAGGUAGAUUGAUGUUUCUGCAUGGGAUAAUAAUUAGAAACAACAGUGGGUUCUGCCCCUUUCAUCUCUGGGACAGAAUCUUGCCAUCGGCAAUGACAUCUGUUAACAUAUUACACUUUGGCAUUGGGUGCAGACCCGGGUGCUCAUGGUUGUUGCUCAAUAAAAGUGGUGGAAUGAAAUUCA